AUGGCAUCGCUGUGCUACAACAAGGGCUGUGGGCAGAGGUUUGAUCCUGAGCACAACACCAAGGAUUCCUGCUUGUAUCACCCAGGUGUCCCUAUCUUCCAUGAUGCCCUGAAAGGCUGGUCUUGUUGCAAGAAACGCACAACUGACUUCUCCGAGUUCCUCUCCAUCAAGGGGUGCACAAAGGGAUUCCACAGCAAGGAGAAGCUUCCUGAGCCUUUCAGCCAAAGGGAGACCUCAGACAAUCAGAAGGCUGAAGCAACGGAGGAGCUCAUCAUCCAAGGACCAAAAUCAGCUGAGAAGAUGCAACGGGAAAGACCAAGCUCUGAUGAGCCAAGACAACUGCUGCCCAUUAAAGUAUCCAGGUCUCUGGAACAGGCACUGGAGAAACUGAACCUGUCCUCAAAGGACGAGGCACCUGAAGGCAGUUGUGCAAGGGAGACGACUGCCCAGGUGAGAGUUGGCACCACCUGCAAGAACGCAGCCUGCAAGGUGAUCUACCAAGGCCCAGAGAGCAACACAGAGGUUUGUACUUUCCAUCCUGGUGUUCCUGUCUUCCAUGAGGGGGCGAAGUACUGGAGCUGCUGCAGGGUCAAAACCAUGGACUUCAGCACCUUCCUGGAGCAGCCGGGCUGCAGCCGUGGGCGACACUGCUGGGCAGGGAAGGGGGACAAGGCAGCAGUGUCAUGCCGGCAGGACUGGCACCAAACCAGCAGUCAGGUGGUGGUGACGAUCUAUGCCAAGAACCCGCUGCCUGCCCUCAGCAGCGUGAAAGCCAACCGCACCGUGCUUGAGGUUCACGUCAUCUUUGAAGGGAAUAAGAUUUUCCAGGCAGAAAUGAAUCUUUGGGGGGUUAUCGAAAUAGAAAAGAGCUUCGUAAGCAUGGUCCCUACCAAGGUGGAGAUCACACUUUGCAAAACCAACUGUGUCUCCUGGGCCAGGCUGGAGCUCUCCCAAAGCAGGUCACACUCCUGCGGUGCGCAGGAGAAGGCUGCCAGUGCAGGGGAGCCCAGGGCCGUACAGGAGGAGGAGUCGGAUGACAACUUGAGCUGGUCAGAGGAGGACGAGGAGGAGCUGGAAAUGGGAAUACCGA